AUGUCCACAGACAAUGAAUAUCUCAUGGGCUACUCCCUACGCCGAAACUUCACAUGUGCGGACGGCGAAAUGGAUUGCGGUCCCACCUGGAACACAUCCUCUGUCUCAUUUAUAAGAUGUUGUCCUGGAAAUACCGAAUGCCCUGUCGGACAAAAAACCCCGGGGAUGUGCUGCCCAACGAAGGAGGAUUGCAGCGACCGGUUAGAUGAAAAAGAGCGUUGUGCAGACCCUACAGCAGAUCUUUACUUUACCGAUCAGACUGGGGGUUAUUUCUGCUGCACAAAUGAUACCCUGGGGAUUUAUACAUCUGAGAGGCAGUAUGCGGGCUGCGUAAAAGCAGAAAAAGUGGACGGGCUCGGUGUGAAAGUGACGACAAUGAGAAAGGCUGUCCCAUAUACUCUACCUGCGUCUACAAGCUCGGAUACUGCUACGGCUACAACACUCUCCUCGUCGACGUCAGGGGCAACUAUCGCAACUUCCACCUCCUCGAACAACGGGAAUACUGGUUCUUCUCAAUCGAACGUUGGGGCAAUCGCAGGUGGUGUGGUUGGUGGUAUAGCCGGCGUCGUCAUUUUGAUUGGGCUGGCCUGGUGUUUAUUCCGUCGCCGAAAGAAGCAGGAGGACCCUCAAGACAGCCAAUCUAUUCAACCUUCCCCAGCCCCUAUAUCGGAGCUGAGUGAUAGUAAUCGGAUCACAGAGCUGAGUGGUCAAAGCAUUUCAGAGCUACCAGUGCCAUCUGGCCGGAAGUCCCCGCCUGCUGAAUUGUCAACGUGA